AUGGCAUUCAUUACACCUUGGGGUGUAUAUAACUACAGGGUGAUGCCGUUCGGCCUCAAAAACGCCGGUGCCACUUACAUGAGAGCCAUGACGACUAUUUUCCAUGACAUGAUUCAUAAGGAAAUUGAAGUGUGCGUGGACGACGUCAUAAUCAAAUCCCGUGAGUGUUCAGAUCAUAUGACACACCAAAGAAAAUUCUUUGAACGUUUGCGUCGGUACAACUUGAAGUUAAAUCUCGCCAAAUGCGCUUUUGAGGUCCCAGCUGGGAAGUUGUUGGGAUUUAUAGCCAGCAGAAGGGGUAUUGAGUUUGACCCCUCCAAGAUUAAAGCAACUCACGAGUUACCUCCGCCUAAAACAAUAAAAGAGGUGAUUAGUUUCUUAGGGAGGUUAAACUAUAUCAGCCAAUUUAUAGCACAAUCAACAGUGGUGUGUGAACCUAUUUUCAAGUUGUUGAAGAAAGACGCCCCGACUAAGUGGACUGAGGAGUGCCAAACUGCUUUUGAUGCCAUCAAGAGCUACUUGUCUAACCCACCGGUAUUGGUUCCUCGGCGAGAAGGGGACCCUUUGUUGCUAUAUUUGUCUGUUUCAAAUAGUUCCUUCGGAUGUGUACUUGGUCAGCACGAUGAGACAGGAAAGAAGGAAAGGGCUAUCUACUAUAUAAGCAAGAAGUUUACUCCGUAUGAGUCUUGUUACACUUUGCUGGAAAGAACAUGUUGUGCUCUGACGUGGCUUGCCCAGAAAUUGAGACAUUUUUUGUCUUCAUAUACUACAGAUCUCAUUUCCAGAAUGGAUCCAUUGAAGUACAUUUUCCAGAAACCGAUGCCGACCGGAAAGUUAGCUAAAUGGAAAAUGUUGUUGAGUGAGUUUGAUAUCGUGUAUGUGACUCGGAAUGCAAUAAAGGCACAAGCUUUGGCUGAUCAUCUUGAAGAAAAUCCUGUUGGAGAUUAUUCUUUGACAGAGCGGCGAAUCACCAAGGUAAAAAGUAUUGGGGCAGUCUUAGUAUCAGAAUCUAGUCAGCACUAUCCUAUGGCUGCUAAACUCCGAUUUAAUUGCAUAAACAACAUGGCUGAAUAUGAAGCUUGUAUUCUUGGUUUGAAAAUGGCCAUCGACAUGAACAUUUACGAGUUAUUGGUUAUUGGAGAUUCAGACCUUUUGAUCCAUCAGGUUCAAGCCGAUGCUCUUGCCACCAUCUCUUCAAUGAUCAAACAUCCAGAUACUGAUUACAUCGACCCGCUGGAUAUAGAGUUGAAGGAACACCCAGUCCAUUGUUCACCUGUUGAAUCAGAACCAGACGGUUUGCCUUGGUAUGUUGAUAUAAAGAGGUACUUGGAGUCUGGGACAUAUCCAGAAGACGCUACAUCUAAUCAGAACAAGUCGAUACGCCAUAUGGUUCUCAAUUACAUUCUAAAUGGAGAAGUUCUGUGUAGGAGGACUCCAGAUUUGGGUCUUUUGAGAUGUGUGGAUGCUGCUGAAGCUGUGAGGCUUAUUAAACGAAUGCAUACUGGAGUUUUUGGUACGCAUAUGAAUGGCCUUACUUUGGCAAGAAAGAUUCUUCGAGCCGGUUAUUUCUGGAUGACUAUGGAGAAUGAUUGUUGCAAAUUCAUGCAAAAAUUCCACAAAUAUCAGUGGGUGGAGGCAGCCUCUUACAAGUCGGUAACCAAGAAAGUGGUGGCCGAUUUUGUUCGCAAUAAUCUGAUAUGCAGAUUUGGAGUUCCACAAUCCAUCAUUAUUGAUAAUGGUGCAAACCUCAACAGUCAUUUGAUGAAAGAGAUAUGUGAACAAUUUAGGAUUAUUCAUCAAAAGUCUACUGCUUAUCGCCCCCAAAUGAACGGAGCUGUAGAGGCCGCCAACAAGAAUAUCAAAAAGAUCUUGAGGAAAAUAAUUGACAAACAUCGAGAGAUGGAUGGCAGUGUAUGGCCCAAACCUAUCAACUCAGAUGCUGUCAAGAGAUACUAUGUUUAUAGAUUUGCUUUGAAAUCGGACAAAUACUCCCGACGAAUAAAUACGGAGAACUCCAAAGAGGAGAAAACUAUCUCCAAAAUCAGUAAUUUUACUGAGAGCAGGAAGCGUUUCAUAUCGCUUAUCUCAGAGACUUGA